AGCAAAUGACAGCAAUUACACUAACACCACCUUCUUCCUCUCCCAUUUCUUGGUCUCAUCAUCACCACUAAUCAGCAGCAAGGAUGGUAUUGCUUGCAGCUUCAAUUUGUACAAGAGGCGGUAAGCCUGUCAUCUCUCGUCAAUUCAGAGAGAUGCCAAGAUCAAGAGUGGAAGCUUUACUUGCUUCAUUUCCAAAAUUGAUUUCGGCAGGUUCACAACAUACAACAAUCGAAACCGAUUCUGUACGAUAUGUCUAUCAGCCGUUAGAAGAUCUUUAUAUGAUCUUAAUCACAAACAAAUCAUCCAACAUUCUGCAAGACAUCGACACUCUACAUCUAUUCGCAAGAACGGUAUCAGAUAUGUGUAGAUCAUUGGAUGAACGUGAAGUAUUACGAAACAGUUUUGAAUUAUUGGGCGCAUUUGAUGAAAUUGUCAGUUUAGGAUAUCGUGAAAAUGUUGGAUUAACACAAAUCAAAACGUUUUUGGAAAUGGAAUCACACGAAGAAAAGAUUCAAGAGAUUAUUGAACGUAAUAAAGAGAUGGAAGCAAAAGAAGAACUUAAAAGACGUGCAAAACAAUUGGAAAUGCAACGCAGAGAAGCCGCUCGUCGUGGACAGUCUGCCUUUUCGGGCAACUCUGGUGGCUUUGGUCCUGGUGGAGGAUAUCAAGGCGUACGUCAAUUUGAAGGCGCUGGUGCACAAGCUCCUGUCAUUCGUGAUACUGGAAGUCCAGCACCUUCUGCACCUGUCGCAAAGCCAUUCAAGUCUAAAGGUAUGCAACUGGGCAAGAAAUCCAAGAACGUCGCAUUGAUGGGUGAAGAGGAAGAUGAUUUGAACGGCGCUGCUGCUGCGACCGCUACCGCUGCUACUGUUACGGCAGCUGCUUCUAGUGCACCUGCUGCCGCUCGAGUAUCCACCAAAGCUGCUGAUCCAGUCGAUCUCUUACCUUCUGUAAGACAGGAGAGCGUGCACUUGCUCGUGAAGGAGCGUGUCACAUUAGCAGCAGCUCGUGAUGGAUCUUUGGAAUCACUCGAAGUGAAAGGAGACCUUGAAUUACGCAUCACCGAUCCAACUUUGUCGAAAUUGGCAAUCCAAGUCACACCAGCAUCCACCUCCUCUCUCGUUCCUUCUUCUUCUCUUCAAUUCAAAACACACCCACAUGUCGAUAAGGCAGGCUGGGCAGAUGGACGUCAAAUCCGUCUACGCGAUUCGAAUAAGCCAUUCCCCGUCCGACAAAAUCUUGGCGUUCUUCGAUGGAGGGCGACAACAAAGGAUGAGAGCAGUGUACCUCUCAGCGUUCAAUGUUGGCCAAGCCCAGUGGAAGAUGGAAGUGGUGCUUGUGAUGUGAUGAUUGAAUUUGAAUUACAGGCAAGCCAAUUGGAUCUCCAGAAUGUUAUCAUCACCGUUCCACUUCCUGCUGGAGUGGAAGCUACUUUUGAUGCACCGGAUGUUGGAACGGCAGAAGCAGGAGAUGGAAUUUUGGAAUGGCAUUUGGAUGAAAUCUCACAAUCUUCCGGUGUUACAUCUGGUCAAUUAGAGAUCAGAGUGAAUGAAGGAGCACAAGAAGUGGACGUAUUCUUCCCAGUUUCGGUUGACUUUGUCUCUUCACAAACAUUGUCGGAGAUUGCAGUGGCUUCUGUUGUUUCUGCUGAAUCAUCACAGGCCGUCAAUUUCUCUACGCAAUCUGUGCUCAGUGCUGAGAAUUAUCACAUCAAUUGAGCUUUGCAAAUGUAUUUAGAAUUAUGUUUUCAACGAUAGUUUACAUUACAAAAAAGUC